CCGGAACAUGCAUCGCGCCGCGUGCCGAUCGCGCCGGGAACAUCUCGCUGUAGUCGUCGUCGUCGUCGUCGUCGCCGUCGUCGCCGCUGUUAGUGUGACCCACGUCAACAGCGUUACCCAUCGCGAGUACAACCGUCGUUGUCCGACUCCAAUCAAACUGCGAUCGAGCGCGUUGUUCUCGAAUUUCGCCAAAGAGCGACGUAUCCUUCUCGAGUUUCGUUGGUUGUUGGAUCGACGCAGAACAUUUGUAAAAACACGAAUUCCUUGUCUCUUGAUCGAUAAGGAAGAGACGACGAACGCAACGUCGGAUCGACAACGCCGUUUCGUCUCACGGCAAGGACUUCCUUUCUGAAGUCUUCCUUUCGACGCGAUUCUUGAUCUCGGAGCGAAGAAUGAAGUUCGGAGUAACGUGCGUCAGUUAAUGAUCGAACGGCAUCUGGCACAAGCGACGUCGCCGUCGGCGGAAAGAAAGCGCCGAUUGCGACGAGCGAUUUCUCGAGAUAUUCAUCAUCAUCGCGUGGACGAAUAAUUACUCUCGAAGUCUCAAUCGCGCUAUUUCAGACAGACUGCGUGAUCUUCCUUCCCUCGAUCGUCAAGUCAUUCUCGGGAAUCAAGCUGUCUUUGACUUCGUGACGUCCUCUGGAUUCGCGACGUUUCUCGUGAACGACCUCGAUGUGAGACCCCGAAGUGAAGCGGUCGCGCCGGGAGAGAUCGGGAACCCGGGUUCGGCGCUGGGAGCCGCUUCGUUGCUGGAUCGUAUCUGGGGACGCGUCACCGACAUUCAUCCCGCGCGGGACCCGUCAUCCGGGCAGGCGACGUCAGAUCGGCGGUCGUUCGAUCGUCCGGCGGACGUCUCGGCCGUCGCGCGAAGAACCGGCGGCGUCAGGCGGAGACGUAGGGGCGGCGGGAGAGGAGCAGGCGGAGGUAGAGGAGGUGGCGGUGGUGCUGGUGCUGCUGGUGGUGGCGGCGGUGGUGCAGGAGGAAGGCCCGCGGACGUGCAACAAGUUAAGAGGCCGCCGCCGUCGACGUCGCUGUCGCCGCCAGCCUCCUCGGCACGAUGUGACAUGGAUAUCCUCGCCGUAGCCUGCGCCCUCGUCGCGACGGCACUCUACUGCAACACCCUGCAAGCGGGUUUCGUCUACGAUGACCGGAGAGCAAUCCUGACGAACCCUGACCUGCUGGCGAGCACACCAUGGUACCGGUUGUUCGAGAAUGACUUCUGGGGAACACCGCUGACGGAACGUGGCUCGCACGGAAGCUAUCGACCGCUCUGUGUGGCCACCUUUCGUCUGAAUCAUUUUCUGGGUGGCCUCGAACCCUGGGGCUACCAUCUGGUGAACGUAGCAUUACACGCCGCCUGCACCGUUCUCGUGGUCAAGGUCGCCAGAAAGGUUCUACCAGGAAGGAGCAAUCUCGCGCACGCGAUCACGGGUUUCCUGUUUGCGGUCCAUCCCAUUCACAGUGAAGCUGUGGCCGGUAUAGUCGGACGUGCCGACCUUCUUGCCUGUUUCCUGACCUUGACAUCUUUCCUGACGUACUCAGCCCAUUGUAAUCGCACGAGAUCGCCGUUUCCUCUGCUACUGGCCCUAGUGUCGUCAACGUUGGCCACCCUCGCCAAGGAAACGGGCAUAUCGUCCCUGGCUCUCUGCCUUCUGUGGGAACUCUGUCGAGGCGAGCCAAGUCGAAAGGGUAACUGCGGAUUCACUCGGGGUCGCAGCGUCGGCAUUCUGUCAGGCGGUCUCGCGCUGCUCGCCCUGGGUCGGCUCAGGCUCGCGGGGAGCAGGCCGGAGUUCGCGAGCGCGGACAAUCCGACGGCGCGGCAUCCGUCGCGGCUGACGCGCGGCCUGACGUUCCUGUAUCUGCCGGCGGCCAGCGCGAGAAUGCUGCUCUGCCCGAGCACGCUGAGCUUCGACUGGUCGAUGGACGCCGUGCCGCGCAUAACGAGCCCGUGGGACCCGCGGAAUCUCGAGUCCGUGUGCCUGUACGCCGUCCUGAUCGGCGCGGCGUUCUGGGCCAUCAGGGGUGUGCGACGACCACGUCGAGACUCGACGACGAGCCUGCUCCAGCAAGCGUAUCCACGAUCGGCGUCGUCCAGGUGUCCGGUGUGCGCCGGUAGGCGCACCGGCGGCUGCCACACGGACGGCUGUCGCGCGGCCAACAACAAUAAUAACAGUCCGCUCGGCGAUUGUCACUGUGCCAAGAGGCCGAACAGCAACGGCGGCGUGAACGGCGUAAACGUCGGCGGCCGACAAACCGCGGCCACCGCCCUCGCCGUCUCCCUGGGCUUCCUUGUGCUCCCGUUCCUGCCGGCGAGCAAUCUAUUCUUCUACGUGGGCUUCGUUAUAGCCGAGAGGAUACUGUACCUGCCCAGCGUGGGCGCAUGUUUGGUGGUCGGCGCCGCGGUGUCGGGAUGCUACCGGAUAGCGAGGAGAAACGGGUCCAGGACGCGCGGCAGAGCGGUGCUGCUGGGAACGGCGAUUCUCAUCGGCGUGAUGUCGGCGAAAACGCUCGUGAGGAAUGCCGAUUGGAGGGACGAGGAGAGCUUGUACAGAUCCGCGCUGCACGUCAAUCCUCCGAAAGCUUAUGGCAACUUGGGCAGCAUUCUCAGCGAACAGGGGCGAGUAGCCGAAGCGGAAGAAGCGUUUGUUCAAGCUCUUCGCUAUCGACCGAACAUGGCAGACGUGCACUACAACCUGUAA